AUGGUCUUCCUGAGUCAGGUGACUCAGGGGUCAGGUGGGGACGCAGGCUCAGAGGUCAAGGGGCACGAGGCCAGCCAGUCAGAAGCAGAGCCAGGCCGCGAGCAAGGCCGUCCACUCAACCCCAAAGACUCCGCCACCGCCGCCCGGGACCCCUGCCUCAACCCCCCCCCCCCGCCCGAGGCGGGGCGGCGAGCCGCAGGAAGGGGCCAGGCCCGCCGGCCCCAGCUCCUCUGCCCGGGCGGCCGGGCCUCAGGAAACAGGAUCCGUGUGGCAGGGUCGCUGCAGGAGCAGUGCCACCACGGCUGCCACCCGAAGGGCCUCUGCCUGGAGCCACGCAGCCCCGACAGGAGCCCGGACCCACCCCCGCCAGCCUCUGCAGGUUUCCUCUCCUGCCGGAACGUGGACCUCACCAGGGACCUGAAACGCCGGCUCCAGUGGGCGCCACCGGCCCUGCUGAGUGGGGAGCACGGCUCACCGCGGGGGUCCCUCUCAACCUCAGAGCCCGGGCAGGCACCCUCAGAAGGACGCUCUGGCCCCAUCCCCCCACCGAAUCUCCUCCAGCCUCAGCUGGGGAGGCGGGAAAGGAGGACCAGGCUACUCACCCACCCGCAGGACUGCCCCCUGCAGAGCGGCGUCAGGCAAGCGCCCAGGUGCAGCCGCUCGCUGGGGGCGACGGCGGCCCCCGGCCCACGGGACGAGAGCCGCUUUCCCGAGGAGAAGAACAGGGCCCACCUGCGACGGAUGGAGAGCCAGGCAGACGCGGGGCCCGGGCCAGGGCGGCGUCCUGAGGGUCCCGUACCCACCGCCGCCCUCGGGGCCGCGGCCGGCGCUCCCCAGGGAAGGCCCUGCCACCGAGAGCCAGGAAAUGGCCGUGCACCUCGCCGGGCGCGCGCAGGGCUCCGGCGCUGGCCGCGCGCCAGCCUGGAGGGAGCGGGCGCAGGACGGGCCGCCGCGGCGCCGGGCGCGCGCUUCCUCCCCGCCGCCUCCCACUUUCGCUUUCUGCCCGCGGCCGCUCUGCGGGCCCGCCGGGGGGCGGGGGGGGCCCAGCAGGUGGCUCUCCUGGCGGAGCCGUUCCGCGCCCCCACUUUCACCUUUCCAAAACCGCCCCCUGGCCCCGAGGGGAGGGAGGCCGCCCAAGGCUUCCACCCCGGCCUGCCCCUGGAGGAGCAACCGGCGGAGGAAGAGGACUCCCCCGAGCCCCCCCAGCUUUAUUCACGGGGAGCCCACGAGGGCCGGGGGGCUGUGUGA